AUGGACUUUCUCAACCCAAAUUAUAAGGUACGCAAUUUGCUAGUGUUGAAUGCAGCAGGUUUCUCCUGUAUUUCCCUUGUAGUUUUCCUUCUGGCCACUCAGCCUUUCUAUCUCUCGGAUGUCAUUGGUGUUCCUCCAGAGAAGGUUGGAUCAGCCAUUGGAACUUUGGGUGCUGUAGAUGAGCUUGUGGCGGUUAUUGUGGCACCCCUAUUGGGAACAUUAAAUGAUAGAAUUAAUGGCUGGGCCUGGAACCACUCGCGGUUUCCCUCGGGGUCGAGGAUUCUUGAAUUGGUGUCGUUUUCUGUGUUGGCUUUGUCACUAUUAGGGUAUGGACAAUUUGCGACGAAAUUGUUUCCGGAUCUCUGGUUUUGGAGGGCAAUUUUUGCGGUUGGUGUCUCCGGAUGUAUGAGCAUUGUUACUGUAAUGCUUCAUGAGGUCAACAACUCCGAUUUUCGUUGGAGUCAUAUGGCUUUUUGGAGGACACAAUUUAAGAAUCAUGGUGAGAGACUUUUGGAUGGAAAUGGAGAGUCGGACGCAGACAACGGCGAGAACAAUGAACUUCCAACGGUCGAAGAUGAUGUUUUUCGUAUUGAGGAGGGCCCUACCCAGCAAACAAACAAAAAACACGGUUCAUUGGCGGCGUUGCUCGGAGUUUCCACUGGGUUGGGUGCCGUGUUCUCGGUGCUGUUCUUUCUCACGCUUCCCGUACGCUUGAGCUCAUGGUAUCCCGAUUUAUCGAGUAAGGAGAGUUUGCAGUUAUCUUACUCGCUUUUGGGAUACUUUUCUGCAGUUUGUGGAGUUGUGGUUGUUGUAUUUGCCUACGAUUGCGUCAAACAAAGACGUCUGAGUGGACAUACUCCUGACCUCGAACUGCCGGACACCACAUACUUUGAAUUGCUCAAACAGGGCUUGGAUGCCUCAAGAAAUAACCUGAGAAUUCAGCUUGCCUACGUUGCCGCCUUUGUGUCGCGGUCUACUGCGGUAGCUACGGCUGUCUUCAUCCCGUUGAUGGUGUACAAGUUUUACUACAACAGUGGACUUUGUGGAGCUGAAGAUUUACAGAAUAGCCUCAAGUUGCGUAGUGGCCUUCCACUGAAAACCAGUUGCUAUGAUGGGUACAUUUUUCUGGCCAUUUUGACCGGUGUGGCCCAGACAGUGGCGUUAGUUUCGUCUCCAAUUUGGGGCAUAUUGGUGGAUUCCAAGAAGUUGGGCUCGCGGGCCACCCUCGCCGUUGCAUCGGCUUUUGGAAUGUUGGGAACGUUCGGGUUGUGUUUGGUGGGUCGUGGAGAUGUCUAUGAUCCUCGGACGGCUACCUGUUUCGUAUUGGUGAGUUUCCUCGGACUUUCGCAAAUCGGCACCAUUAUUGCCAGUAUGAGUAUAGUGAGCAGUGUGGGACAGACAGUGGAGCGUACGGAGCAUCGGGUGAUUGGAAGCAUUAGUGGAUUGUAUAGUUUGUGUGGAGGAGUUGGGAUUUUGGUGAUCACCAUAAUUGGAGGUCGGUGGAGUGACCACUGGGUCUUUGGGCCAUUUUUGUUAUUAGGAACUUUUAACGCUGCCCUUGCAGCUGUUGCCACUAGAAGAGGCUAA